AACUACGAAAUGUACUGCUUCGAAAAUAUUAUGAAUACGCGACACACGAUCACUUUGUUUAUUGUGGUGCAACCACUGUGUGCACCUUCCACCGAGCACAAAACAUACGUCUCUGAUUCCUGACAAAACUAAAUUCUUUCAGAGCGGACGACCAAAUGAUUCCAAAAUCACUGUACGUCUUUAAAAGUCACUAUAGGCAACAGGGGAAAACACUUUUUCAUUAGUCGAUGUAUUUGAAGCGUGUUUCUAUUGGUUCAUUCCGAUCGAGACAUAGUAACCUCAAUCCAAUAGAAUAAUUCUAUGACACAAAUACAUAUGCUAUCCAACACGAGUUAUACGGUUGAAGGUGUCUUUAUCGGUGUGUUCUGGUAAACUUUGAACAGAAGUGCAUUUAAACAUGUCAAACUCGGCAAGAUGAGGUUACGAUAUUCGGUUUUAUUUUUACUUUGUCUCUUGUGGGAUUUACGAAUAUGCUCGGGAACUAUGUCAGUAAAUAAUACCACAGACUUCCAGCAAGAAUACAGACCCGAAGGUCCAUUGGUAAUGUGCAAAUUUCUGCCAAAAGAAUUUAUAGAAUGUGAAGAGCCGAUUGAUCAUAAAGGUAAUAAAACUGCCAAAGAUGAAACUGGAUUUGGUUGUGUAAAGUUUGGAGGUUCCAAGUAUGAAGAUGUUGAAAAAACUAAAGUGUCAUGUACUGUAUUACCAUAUAUUGAGUGUUAUGGACCCAGAACAUUUAAUCGGGAAGGAGUUCCUUGUAUAAAAUAUAGCGACCAUUAUUUUACUACUACUUUACUAUAUAGUAUUCUGUUAGGUUUCUUGGGUAUGGAUCGGUUUUGUUUAGGACAAACUGGUACUGCUGUCGGCAAAUUAUUGACAUUGGGAGGAGUGGGUGUAUGGUGGGUUUUUGAUGUAAUUCUGUUAGUCACAGGUUCUUUACAACCUGAAGAUGGCAGUAAUUGGAAUCCUUACGUAUAACAUACCAAACAGAAGAAACAAAUUCCAAAUCUGCAAAAUAAAAUCAAGUGUUUUGUAUGCUAUCCUUUUUAAAUAAAUAUUCAAUAAUUUCGAAUUUACGAAAUUACUGAGAUACUUUUUGUAAAGAUGAAUUUAUAUUUACUUGUAUAUAUAUCUUAAUGUGUAAAUAAAUAUUCCUGUUAGAAAA